UGUUAAUCGGAACGUCAUAAAAGAUUAAAAAUGGCGAGAUGAAUGGUGUUGGUGGAAUUAUUUUUGAUAUUGUCUUCCAGUUUCAGUGUUAUAAUAUCGUCAAAAGAACAAGAAAUGUGCUGAUAUUGUGCUAAAUUAUUGCGUUAUAAGUGAACUAAAAUGUGGCACGAAGCAAGAAAACAGGAGCGAAUGAUUCGCGGUCUGAUAGUCGAUUAUCGACGCAGGGCGGAGCGUCGUAAAGAUUUCUAUGAGAAAAUCAAGGCAGAACCUACACAAUUCCUUCAACUACACGGUAGACCAUGCAAGAUUCACCUAGAUCCCGCUAUUGCUGCUGCCGGGGAGAGUUCGGCUAUUAUGAUGCCAUGGCAGGGUGAUUCCAACAACAUGAUUGAUAGAUUUGAUGUCCGAGCCCAUUUGGACUUCAUACCAGAAAUUAAAUACCCUGACGUACCCCCAGAGGAGCUAGAUCCUGAAGAAAGGCAGUGCAACUAUGAGCGAUACAGAAUCCUCGCACAGAAUAUGUUUCUUGGGAUAAGUGAAGACAAAUUCCUACAGCAGCUGGCCAUCGAAGAACAAUUCGGUGUCACCAUCGAAGAGAAGGAAAUGCAAAAGGGGAAGUUGAACGAAAAGAAAGGAACCGGAGCAGCUAUAGGAUACAAUUAUUCAGAUCCGGGAGCCCAACCCUCUAGCUCUAACGGCCCAGAUGUUAAAAAAGUGGAACAAAAGGAUUCGGACGAUGACUCGGAUCUUGAGCUCAUUGAUGUGGACCUGAGCAUUGAUGUCAAUAAAAUGGAGGCUUCACAGGCGCAUUCCCUCAACGCGGUGGGUCCCGUGUGGGGCAUGGCGGGCUGCGACCUGUUCUCGUUCCUGACGGGCGACGCGGAUGACGCGGAGCAGCAGAAGCAGCUUCUUCGCGAGGAGAAGGAGAAAGCCAUGUUCUCGGGACGGAAGAGCAGGAGGGAGAGGCGCGCGCACCGCGACAAGAAGCUGGCAUCCCGCGUGGUGAGCCCGCCCAGCUACGCCGCGCCGCGCUCGCGUUCACCCUCCGCGUCGCCCGCGCGGCCCCCGCGCUCGCCGUCGCCCGACGCGCCGUCAGCCAUACAGUUCAUCACGUCCUUCGGCGGCGACGACGACCAACCACCACCUCCGAAGCCUCUGUAUGCGGACAAACUGAAAAUAAACUUGAAGAAAGAACCACUAUAUUCAGAAGUUGCACGCAAACCAAAAAUGAAAUCCCCGGCGCGACCAAUGAUGGGUCCAUACGGGCCUCAGCCCAGGUCGAAGUCUCGGUCAAUAUCGCGAUCGCGGUCGCGAUCCCGUUCUCGCUCCAAAUCCCGGUCGAGAUCAAAAUCCCGGUCGCGCUCCCGAUCCCGUUCGUAUCGCCGCUCGUAUUCGCGCUCGCGCUCACGUUCGUCGUCACGCUCGCGCUCGCGAUCACGUUCGCGCUCGCGGUCACGCAACUACCGCCGGAGGUCACGCAGCCCGCCAAAUCACGGAUAUAGCAAGCGUAAUAACUCCCGGUCGAUGUCCUACGAAAGUACGGAACGAGCUGAGAAACCGGUGGCGCGAUACUACGGGCGGCGCGCCGAGGACCGGUCUUCCAGUGACCUAGACUCUUCUGACUCCACCGACCACAACAAAUCGGCGGUUGGCAAUAAAUCCAACUCAAACCAGAAUCAGUUACGAUCUGGAGCCAGCUCCAAAGGCCCGUCGCGCGAGACGCUGUCUUUGAAGGAGAAACUCCGGCGCAAAAUGCAGGCGCAGCUAUCAAGGCAACUCCGGGCCGACAAGCGGGCUGAGGCGGAGCGCUUGGAACGCGAGAACCGGCGCCAGGCACGCCGCGACCAGGAAAUGCGAGAACUCGCCAUCAAGCUGCGACGCAAGCAGCGAGAGAUGAGGCACCAACAGAAUCGCCGCUCCAGCGACUCGGAUUCUGACAAAUCACACAGCGGGUCGUCUUCAAGAGAGUCGAAUCCAGACAGGAAAAAAGAUAGAAGUCGCUCGAAGUCUCCCACGCCCGAAAAGCGCAUCCCGAUCUGGGAGAACAACAAAGACUUCGCCACCGCGCCGCUACGCCGCCAGGUAGACAACCGCGACCGACGCUACGACGACGAUCGCCGACGCGACACUCGCUACGACGACCGCUGGGAGCGCCACGACGAUAGAUGGGAACGCCACGAUGAAAGAUGGGAGCGCCACGAUGAUCGUUGGGAUCACAGGCGCCGCCCCUUCCGUGGAAACUAUCGAGGCCACGCCCCGCGACACGCCCACUCGGAAUACAACCACGGAGACGGUCCGUCCUACAGCCAUGAUCGGAACGAUGAACCUCCCAGGAAAGUGAAACUUGUCGAUUACUAGCGAUAGUUUAUAACCAAACACUUCUAUGUAGUACUAGACAACCCCCUAAGUUUGUGUCAAGUGUACGUGAUAAGGUUGUACCCAACUAAAUCAUAUCGUUUACGAAACCGAUAAAUUGUUGUCAUUUUAUUUUAUCAAUGUGCGCAUUCGUUGGGCCAACAUGCGGAUCUAAGAAAUGGUAUUGGCAGCAAUGUUGGGAUAAGCUAUUUUCAGGUUCACACGUUGGACGAGUAGUAUUGGGCCAACGUUGGAGCCAACACAAAUGGUGUCAGCGUAAAAGUAAUUUAAUACUUGGAAGUCAUUGAACAUUACUAUUGAAUUUGCCGCCUACAAAAAGAAAUGUUCGUUGUUCGAAUCGAUGUGUCAAAACGUUUAUAGCGAUGACGUUUGAGCGAAACGAACUGAAAAAGUAACUUCGCCGGUUGAUUACUAAUGUUUGUGAAUUCGGUUUGUUUUUAUUUUAAUACCUCUGGCGUAAGGUCGAUCUAAUCUCGACGCUGGGAGUCAUUUCGACUGGGUCGGCAAUAGAAAGUUAUGAAUUACAAGUUUUCUUAUUUUAUGAAAACUAAUUUUAUACAGCACAUGCAAUUUAUACAUACGUAAGCGCCGGCGCAGCACAUUUGCUAACAUUUUUCCUCAUUUGAAUUUGAAACUUAUAAUGAUAAUUUAAGGUUCAAAACAGUGAAAUUCAAAGCAUUAGACCAGGAGCCAGAGGUAUUUUUAUGUUCAUAAGAACAUGACAUUCAAAGAUUUUUUAUAGAAUGGUUGUUGAAAUAGCUAAGUUAAGAUCUAUUUAUAAAGACAAUACAGAUUUCAGUCACAUUAUUCUAAAUAUUGCCACAUUUUUAUAUUUAACAGUUUUAUAUGAACUCUAAACUUCAACGAAAUUGUAUCAUAAAAUUUAUUACGUCCCUUCCAGUAGCAUUCGUAGCUAGAUUCCACGUUAUGUAUUGUUACGAAUCUAUAUCCAGAAUAAUAAUUAUUCAUAUUAGAACAGAUGUUUAUUGCUAGUUACUAUUUAAAUUUUGUACUGCCGAGCCCGAUGUUCAUGCCCGCUGCUUCAAUCGGCGUAUCGAUUAUAUUAUCAAUUUCAAUUCUAGUGUGAAUACUACCGAAACACAAUGUUAUUAUAAUAAUAUCUUGAAAUUUCACAGAUAGCCUCUGGACAGUGUAACUUUCGCAAUAUUUUCAUAUCAAACCAAUCGCAUAGAAUUUAUCUACUUUUCUUGUACCUAAGGAAGCGUAUCGAAUCAAUUGAUAGUGAAAGAAACAAUUUCUAGAGUCUAUCCACUUAGCCUAGGCGCAGACCACCGACUUUUAGUUGGCCGAUAGUUGGGCCCGUUUUAAUUAGUAUGAAGAAUCGGCCGAUACCAAAUCGGCGUAAUGUGCGAACUUUCAUACGUCAUCUCCAUACCAUACUGAUCAAUAGCCCGACCCAACUAUCGACCAACUAAAAAUCGGUGGUCUGCGCCUAGGCUUAUUGUAGAAUCGAGACCUGAACGAUAAAUGCAAGCAUCUUUUGGUAUGAAUCUCCACCAUAAAUAAAUGUAACAACUACAUUCAUAAAACAUGUUGUCCCUUUUACACUCUCAACCAAAUUACGUAACGUAUGAAUGCAUUCGUUAAAGUCGCGCUACAUCAGGGAUCUGAUAGAAAUCUAGCCAGAUAAUAGAAAACGUAUCAACUUAAAGUAUACACUGUUGGUUAAAUGAAAUUGUAUAUAACAUUUGUUUACAAAAUGUGUAUAAAAAGGCAACUCUUUUUUGUAAAUUUGCUUUAAUGUAUCAGUCUUAAAUAAAUAAGUUCAUUAUACAAGUUA